AUGCAAUUAUUUAAAAAUAAGUUUUAUCAAAAAAUUGAAUUUUCUAAAAUGUUAUGGAAAGAUAUCCAACUAUCGGAAUAUAUGGUAGCAGGAGCAAAAUGUGGUGGUGCUAUAGCGUUGGUCAAAGAUGAUAAAGUUAUACAUAAAUAUUUAGGGCCUACAAAUACUAAAUUGAGUAUUCGAAUUUAUAAUUCAUAUGGAUCAUUUAUUUCUGAGAUAAAUUGGGAGCUAGAAAAAAUCAGAGGAAUAGGGUGGACUGAUUCUGAGAAAUUAAUUAUUGUUACAGAAAAUGGUGUGGUUAGGAAUUAUAAUAUGCAAGGGGAAUUUACACAAUUUUCACUCGGAAAAGAAGCAAAUGAACAUUUAGUUGUUAAUUGUCAAUUUUGGGGCACUGGAUUUGUAGCUUUAUUAGGAAACAAUACUUUUAUCUCAGUCAAUCAAUAUAGUGAACCACGUCCUAAAUUACUUUGCAGUCCAAAAUUUGAAGAUGUAAUACAUAGUUGGGCAAUUAUUGCACCUCAUUUUUCAUCUACUUUUCAUGUAGAAGUUCUUGUUUCAACGAAAUCAACAAUAUAUUUAAUAGAUGAAGCUGGAAAUAGAGAUCAAUAUUUAUACCAGGGGCCUUUUUUAAAUAUACGCGUAUCACCAAAUGGCCAAUUUCUUGCAUUACAUACAUUUCAAAAUAAAAUAUGGGUUGUAUCAACAUGUUUUCAAAAAACUAUGUCCGAAUUUUCUCUAACUGAUAAUGAAAAACCACUACAAAUGGAUUGGUGUGGAAAUGAUUCUGUUGUUGUAGUAUAUAAUACGAUAGUUCUUAUAAUAGGCCCAUUUGGAGGAUUUCUAAGCUUUCCAUGCAAUGGCCCUGCUUUAUUAAUUUCUGAAAUAGAUGGUGUUCGCAUAAUUACUAAUGAUAAGUGUGAAUUUCUGCAAAAAGUCCCAGAUGUUCUUGAGAACAUAUAUGGAAGAGGCAAAAAUUCAUAUGGUGCUAUCUUACUAGAAUCUAUUGAACAUUUUGAAAAAAAGUCUUCAAAAGCAAAUGAAAACAUACAAUCAAUCAAACCAUAUUUAGCAGAAGCAGUAGAUGAAUGUAUAAAUGCAGCAGGUUACGAAUUUGACCAUUUAUGGCAAAAGAGAUUACUAAAAGCAGCAUCUUUUGGAAAAAGUUAUCUUAAUUUUUACAAUCCAGAAGAAUUUGUAGAAAUGUGUCAAACAUUAAGAGUUUUAAACUCAAUGCGUUUUUAUGAUAUUGGGAUACCAUUAACUUUUAAAGAAUAUUUUCAUUUAACACCAGAAGGUUUAAUAGAGAGACUUAUAGCUCGUCAAAAACAUUUUCUUGCUCUAAAAAUAUCUGAAUAUUUGAGGUUAUCACCUGAUAAAGUAUAUAUACAUUGGGCCUGUAUGAAGAUAAAAUUUUCUUCUGAUGACGAAGAGUGUAUUUAUAGAACAAUAGUUGAAAAAAUUUCUUCAAAGAGAAUUUCUUUUGAAGAGAUUGCUAAAACUGCCUGUGAUGAGGGAAAACAAAAACUUGCUGUUAAACUUCUCGAUUAUACAUUAAAGACUAAUAAUAAAAUAUCACUUUUACUUAAUAUUGAAGAAAAUGAAACUGCUUUAAAUAAAGCUGUAGAAAGUGGAGAUACAGAUCUUGUAUUAUAUGUUAUAUUAUAUCUAAGGGAUAAGCUACCACUUGCUCAUUUUUUCCAAAUUAUCCGUGACAAAGCUGUUGCUGUCUCUGUUUUAGAAGCAUAUGCAAAAGAUAAUGACCUUGAGCUUUUAAAAGAUUUCUAUUAUCAAGAUGAUCGUAGAUCUGACAGUGCUAACAUAAUUUUACUUGAAAGCCUUAAAACAUGUAACAUAGAUCUUAAAAUAGAAAAAUUAAAAUUAUCUUUAGGACUUUACAAAGAGUAUAAGGAAUUCUUGUUUGAAAUAAAGAAUCUCGAAGAACAAAUCAAAUUGCUUGAUUUACAAAAAAGUUUUGAAAAAGAAUUUCAUGAUUCAUUUAUUGGUUUAUCAGUCAACGAGACUAUCUUUAAACUAAUAAAAUUGAAUCAAAUGAUAGCAGCUUUAAAAAUAAAAGCUGAAUUCAAAAUACCUAUCAAAAGGUUUUGGUGGCUUAAAUUACGAGCAUUGGUUGCCAUUAGAGACUGGGAACAAAUAGAAAAUUGGGUUAAUAAGUCUAAAAAGUCUCCUAUUGGAUUUGAACCUUUCGUAUCCGAAUGUCUUGCUGCUGGUAAUAAAAAAAUUGCAGCUUCUUUUAUUCCAAAAUGCUUUGAACUGGCACCAGCUUUUCGUACUGAAUUAUGGGUAAAAGUCGGUGAUUGGAUAUCAGCAGGAAAUGAAGCUUUAAAAUUUAAAGAUUUAAAAUUAUUAGAGGAACUCAAAUCAAAAGCUCCUGCAAAUAUAGUAAAAGAAUUAGAAAAAUUGUCGUUAGAUCUAAAUUAUGCUAAAUAA